AUGUCUAAGAUCUACUACAUCGGUUUUUUGUCUGGAUUAAACAGUGGGUCUUUUUCUUCAUCAAAUUCAUCACCUCCUUCUUCUUCUUCUUCUUCUUCUUCUUCUUCUUCUUCUUCUUCUUCUUCUUCUUCUUCUUCUUCCUCUUCUUCAUCACCUUCUCCAUCUUCUUUAUCCUCAACAUUUCCAACUGUUAAAGAAGACGAAGAACUGGCUUUCCUUUUAGAAAAAACGGAUAAACAGUUAUUUUCUGCAUUAUUUAUAGGAGUUCUUUUUACAGGCAUCCUUUAUUCAGUUCUUCUUCUUCAUUUUCCUAAUCUAGCGACUGAGCGAAACUGUUCUUCCAACUUAAGUUCUGGAGAUAUAAAAAGUGCACUGGCCUGUCCAGCACUUCAGAACCCAGGAGCUGUUGCUCUUACAGUAGUUUGGAUUCCUAUACUGGUGAUUACAGUUCUGCAGGGGUUCUCCACAGCUGUUAUUCAAUCUUUCAGUUCUGAGGAGCAGGAUACAUUUACUCCUUCAGUAAUCAACCAAUCCCCUGCAGCGGCAACCACCUCGGAUAAACGACUAGAAGCCGCCGCUGACACGGCGGCGGCAAAUAGCUUGAAUAAACGCUUGGCAGCCGCCGCUGAGAUGGAUGAGAAAAUAGCCGCUGAAACCGCCAACAUUAUGAGACUUAUACAGAUGUACGAAUUAGACCUUAAUUAUUUGUAGAAUAUAGAUUAAAAGUUAAAA